AAAUGGUAACUUUUACUAUUUAGUAGGUUCACCCUAUCCGUAUAUAAUUCUACAAAAUUAUUCGUUGUACUGGUUAGGAUUGUCUCAUUCAUAGUUUCCCCGUCUGGUUGUUCUGGUGAGAUUGUUCGCGUGGUCUUCACUAUAUUUACCAGUUGUGGAAAAUACAAAAUAGAGUGAAGUGGUAACAAUUCGGCGUAAUUGAAGAGUCGCUUUUUGUGAGAGACCAUCUUUCCAUGGAAACGUCGGAAGUGAUUGUCAUAAACGAAAACGAACCAGAAUCACCCGAAAUGGACGUGGAUAUCUUAGUUCAGGACAAUGAUACCAUUGCCGAAGAAAAGAAAAAGUUGGGAAAUGAUCAAUACAAAGCACAAGACUACCAAUCAGCGUUAAAAUCAUAUACCGAUGCCAUCACUUUAUCUCCAAAAACAGCAAGUUUUUACAAUAACCGUGCUGCAUGCCACAUGAUGUUACUGGACUACAAAUCGGCAUUAAGUGACGCUCGGCGGGCUAUAGAGUUGGAUAAUACCUUCGAAAAAGCAUACGUUCGUGUUGCGAAAUGUUGCUUAAUAUUGGGUGAUAUAAUCGGAACGGAGCAGGCUGUGCAAAAAGUCCUUGAGCUGGUCCCAAACAGCACUGCCGUUAAAGCAGAACAGCAAAAUUGCGCUCAAUUACGACAAUUGGAGGAAAAGAUUCAGAGUUUCUACGAAAAAAAAGUAUACCGAACUGCAGUGUUUUUCCUAGAUAACGCACUGAAAAUAGCCCAUGCAUGCACCAGAUAUAAGAUAAUGAAAGCCGAAUGCCUCUCGUUCUUGGGAAGAAUAGAUGAGGCGGCUGACAUUGCGGUAAACAUCAUGAAAGUCGAUACGACUUGUGCUGAUGCAAUUUACGUGCGAGGUCUUUGCUUAUAUUACAGUGACCACUUAGACAAAGGUAUUGUGCACUUCGAACAUGCCCUACAGUUAGAUCCGGAUCAUCAAAAAUCGAAAGAAUGGCGUGUGAAAUCUAAGGCUCUGAAAGAUAAAAAAGAACGAGGUAAUACGCAAUUCAAAGCUGGUAAAUAUCGUGAAGCGCAUGCUCUUUACACUGAAGCGUUGAAUAUUGACCCCUUCAACAAAGAUAUUAACAGUAAGCUGUAUUAUAACAGGGCGUUGGUAAACUCUAAGUUAGGUAAUCUUCGUGAAGCGGUCGCUGAUUGCUCUAAAGUGCUCGAAAUCAAUGAUCAGUAUCUAAAAGCCCUUCUGUUGCGUGCAAAAUGUUAUAACGAUUUGGAGAAAUACGAAGAGUGCGUGAAGGAUUAUGAGGCAGCAUUGAAAAUCCAAAAGACGCCUGACAUCAAAAACUCCCUGCGUGAUGCCAAAUUCAACUUGAAGAAAUCGAAACGUAAAGACUACUACAAGAUUUUGGGUGUUUCGAAAAACGCAACAGAUGAAGAGAUUAAAAAAGCUUAUCGGAAGAAAGCGCUUGUACACCAUCCAGACCGUCAUGCCAAUUCAUCCGAUGCUGAUAAAAAGGCUCAGGAACUUAAAUUCAAAGAGGUUGGAGAAGCAUACGCCAUUCUGUCGGAUUCAAAGAAAAAACUUCGUUAUGAUAACGGCCAUGAUCUUGACGACGAAGUCCAAGAAUUCGAUCCUAAUCAAAUGUUCCGACACUUUUUCCAGUUUUCCGGUGACGGCGCAAACACGUUCAGCUUCCAGUUUUAAGGUUUUAUUUCAUAUACUCUCUAUAAUAUGUUGUGUAGAACGAAUAAAUCUUGCUUACUUUAUGCCCUUUGUCUUUCACAUUCUCAGAGUUACUGUGCUAGUUAAACGAGGAAUAUCCUUGUACUUAAACUGUGAGCUGAAAAUGUAAUUUGCAAGUUAGGUUCCUAACAACUUGUAGACUAACAAAAUUGUCGCGGUAGUAUUACAUUAAAUACCUAUUAACACGUGCAUAUAAAAGACGACCCUUAGGUCAAUUAUUGUUUUUUUUUAUCUCUAUAAAGCAUGAAUUGAAUUUUCAAUUAUUUCCAUGAAGUCUAGAGGGUCGAUGAUGAUACUACUACUCUCUCAAUUGUGUUAAAAAGAAAUACAAAAAAUAAAUACCGAGUAAAUUACAA